CUCGCUUCCACCCGGUCCCAGUUGGCGCCGGACGCAGUAGUGGAGGCUUAUGAACAUGGAGUCAGAGGACGCUGGGACUGGAGAGUCGUCUUCUCGGCUGGGGGCUCCGGCGUCCACUAAUGACCGGCUUUUCCUGGUUAAAGGUGGAAUUUUCCUUGGUACUGUUGCCGCAGCGGGAAUGCUGGCUGGAUUUGUUACAACACUAUCAUUGGCUAAAAAGAAAAGUCCUGAAUGGUUCAAUAAGGGAAGCGUGGCCACGGCUGCCUUACCGGAGAGCGGGUCUUCCCUUGCCUUGCGAGCCCUGGGGUGGGGCUCACUUUAUGCCUGGUGUGGGGUUGGUGUGAUCAGCUUCGCAGUCUGGAAGGCUUUAGGAGUUCACAGUAUAAAAGACUUUCGAAGUAAAAUGCAAUCAAUAUUUCCAGCAAUUCCCAAGAACUCUGAAUCGGCUGUUGAAUGGGAGGAAGCAUUGAAAUCCAAAUGAGAUGAGCAUGGUGGGUGAAGUCCAGAACGAUUGAUACGGGAAAAGCUGACUUUGGAGAUGUCACAACAGCAAAGGGACUCGAUGGAUUUCUCCUCAGGAACACAUGCAGAUUGUUGAGUGAACCUGUGGGAUGGAUGCCAUUCAGUGUCCUCAUAGGAGGCCGACAGUCAUUUCUGUGUGCUGUACUUUAUUACAACUGAUUUGGUUAUGUUCAUGUGGGGGGGGGGUGUUGGAGGGAGGGCAAAGUUUUCCCAAAGUUAGGAAGACUAUUUAAAAAUAUAUGGGUACCUUCUCGAUGUGGAGGAAUCCCAGGGGAAAUACUUCUAUGCCUGUAACAGUUGAAACCAAGUUUUUUACCUGAAAAAAAAAUUAUAACGUAUGAUUAAAAAUCUUUAUAAACAGA